AUGACGAGAUUCGGGGACUACAUCCAACUAAGUGGAACUUGGGAACUCAAACUUGAGACGAAAACUCUAGAAAGAGACACACCUAACGAAAAUCUGCACCGAUGCGAGCUUCAUUUAAGGGAAGCAAUGUUACUGCAACUGCAUACCUCGUCACUUCCAAUGACACCCCAUCUUUUACAAAUUCCUCAUAUUGCAUCCAAACCCCUUGCAUUGACCCGACAUGUAAACUGCCCGUUUGCUCUGGGCCCACUUGCUUCAAACCCCGCAUUUUCAACUCGAAACCCUCAAAGGCAAAAACCACCAGUCGGGCAAGAUGGAAAUUAUUUUGAUGAAAACUCCAGUUGUGUUGGUUGCCGAGCCAACCGCAGCUCGGUCAAUGUCGUUUGUCGGAACCCACGAGUAUUUACCCCCGAGAUUAUGAAAGGGGAUGGCUAUGGUAGCUCGGUUUAUUGGUGGACUUUUGGGAUCUUCUUGUACGAGUUACUUCAUGGAAAAAUGCCGUUUAAAGGGGACACAGAGAUAAAACAACACCCAUUUUUCAAGAGGGUGAAUUGGGCCCUCGUUCGCAGCACAGGCCCACAUCAGAUUCCCAAGCCCGUUUAUUUCAAGUGGCUUAACGAGACUUUGAGGCCGUCUAAUCAAAAGGGGGCAGUGACUCAUCGGGCACAUACUUGGAUGGUUGUUGCCUUUUCUCCGGCUGGUUUUGAAAGUAUGGUUACAAAGGAAACGGGUCCAACGAUGGCAUUAUUGAGUUGGGAAAAUGCUACGGAACCAUCUGAAAAACGAUCACGUUCAAAAAUGGGACGGACGAGUCGGAAGGGCCCGACGGCGGCGGAGGAGAGGGCAGCGGCGGCGGCGGAGGAGAGGGCGGCGGAGAGAGCAGCGGCGGCGGCGGUCUGA